AUGUCGGCACCUACGGUAUUUAAGGGCCGAGAGGUCGAGAUGACCGAAGAAGACCUUGCCGCCGAGGCAGCUUCGUUCGCCAUCAAACAGGACGACGGCGGCGACACUACUGAGAGUGCCAUGAACGACGCGAUCAGCUCUACGGACGAUGAUGAAGAUGAAGAAGAGAUUCCCAUCAUCAAAUCUGACAUUGUCUCCAGUCCCGCCGGCGGCAUUCCCCUGAUGGAAGACACGCAUUCUUCGAGACGCGCUGACUCCAAAGGCAAGCGCAAGUCGGCCCACCCCAGAAUGGGAAACUUCCCGACCCCGAAGAAAGCGAGGAUCGCCGAUAAUAGCCCGAAAGAUCACUCAGUUGCCUCUUCGGCCGAUUCUCAGCCUAAAGAGAAGGUGCGCGUUACUUUUCGUACCUCACCGGAGUCUCCCACGGCCAUGCCUCGGAAGACCAGGGGCACCGCGAGAGCUAGGAAGUCUACCAGGACCUCCGUUACGACCAGCGCUCAGCGUCCUGCCCCGAUGGGCACGACCCAAAAGUCCCCAGCCCCAGAGUCUGGCUCUGAGACAGAUGAUCCGGCGAGCAGGGAGGUGGUAGAGCAGGAGCUCAAGGCGGCUCCUAGACGCGGACGUCCUAGGAAGACUGAGGACGGGAAUGUCAACAAGACCAUCGCUCAGGGCCGCAGACGCGGCCGUCCUCCCAAGACGCAGGAUCCCACUUCGUCCGAGCAGUCUGCUAAGGACAACGCAAAGGGCAAGCUACAUCGCAUCUCUGCCCGUCUCAGGAUCUUGGAAGCUAAUGGACGCGGAACCGCAGAGUCGGGACGAUCGCUGCGUUCAUUGGGCAAGAAGGGCGACGAUGACAAAAAGCCCCCUACCACUCACGGCAGAGGUGUCGGCCGGGUCAGAAAGACCUCUAACAAGGGCCGCGAACCAGCUUCGACUACUGAGUACGAAGUGGAGCAGAUCGUGGACACCAAGAUCAAUAACAAGACGAAGGAACAGUUGUACAUGGUCAAGUGGAAGGGUUACCCCUCCAAAAUGAACUCUUGGGAACCUAAGAAGAACCUCAACUGCGCCAAAUUGCUGAAGGCCUUCCAUGACAAGCAUGCUAAGUCAGCUAAGUAG